ACAGAUCACAUGAUAAACUGCACUUUGAAUUCCUAUGUUUAAAAGGCCAUCGCCUUUCGUUUAUUGAUAUCCGCCAUGUGUAGGUCCGCCACGUGUGGAUCCGGCUGUAUUGAUCACCGCAAGUUUGCAUCAAUCGUAGCGCGACGUUCAUAAUAAUAUGGAAGAGAAACCGAUUGCAAUUACAAGAAAGAGACUUAAUUAUGACAACAAACUCAUUUUGGCGCCUAUGGUGCGCAUCGGAACCCUUCCGAUGCGUUUGCUCGCUCUGGAUUACGGUGCGGACAUAGUUUACACCGAGGAAUUGAUCGAUAAAAAGCUACUUCGUUCGAUUCGUCGAGAAAAUGAUGUCCUGGGCACGAUCGAUUAUAUUGACAAGACGGACGGUACCGUGGCGUUUCGUACUUGUCCACGAGAACGAGAGCAUGUCGUUCUCCAAAUUGGCACGUCGGAUCCAGAGAGAGCGGCUGAAGUCGGUCGUAUGAUGCAAAAUGAUAUUGCCGGCAUAGAUAUCAAUAUGGGUUGUCCAAAAAAGUUCUCACUGCUCGGUGGAAUGGGUGCCGCUCUUCUCAGUGAACCGCAAAAAGCGACCGAUAUUUUGCGAAAGUUGAUUGAAACUGUAGCUAUACCAAUCACUUGCAAAAUACGCAUUUUGCCGGAUCUUGAAAAGACUCUUCAGCUUUGCGACACUCUUGCUUCCACUGGUAUUGCAGCUAUCGCUGUACAUGGUCGCACAAUCGAGGAAAGGCCGCAACAUCCUAAUCGCAAUCAUGUUCUCAAGCAAAUUUCAGAGAAACUAUCGAUACCUGUCAUCGCAAAUGGAGGAUCCAAAGAUAUUCAAAGGCAUUCCGAUAUACUUAGGUUUAAAGAAGAAACGGGUUGCAGUAGUGUAAUGCUCGCUCGUGCAGCUCAAUGGAAUUGCUCAAUAUUUCGUAAAGAAGGUGCGUUCCCAAUAGAAGAUGUUAUAAAAGCGUAUUUAAAGCAUGCGAUUGACUGCGAUAAUUCCCCUUCCAAUACAAAGUAUUGCAUACAGAAUAUUCUGCGGGAGCUUCAGGAAUCUCCUCUUGGCAGAAGAUUCCUUGACGCGCAGACUUUGGAACAAAUAUGCGAGGUGUGGGGAAUGGGUGAUUAUUGCCGAACCAGAAGCAAGGAGUUUCAAGAUAAAGGCUUACUAGGCCGGUUUCAAGUAACACCAGUAAUGCUCGACAAAGAUACGGCAGAUUGUGUCUCUCAGAAAAGAAAAAUUUACGAAGAAGAAGACGUUUCUCUGAUGCGUUGUGCCUUUUUGAGGGGCAGUUAUACUACAGACUCAAAGUUGCCAAAGACGAGAUUACUCAAGUGGACCACGGAAAAUCAUAAAAAGAUGCCGGUUUACAAUACUCGGCAGGAGGACAAGCUUUUCUGUUCUGUGGUUACUGUCGAUGGCAGGAAAUAUGGUUCCUCUUUCUGGGAAAAAAAGAAAAAAUGGGCUGAACAAGGCGCUGCUUUGGCAUGCCUAUACUUUUUAGGAGUUAUUGAUGAAGAGAGUCUUACUGCUGGUGGUAACAUUCUCUCACGAUGAUAUUCGAUAUAUUUGAUCUAUGUAAUGUAUUGACAAGUGCUUCGUGUGAAUAUGAAACAAUGUACACAUUUUUGUAAAUAUUCUUUUAGAUAAAUUUUAUCGAUUUUUC